CAAGAAAGUGGUGGAGCUGUUAUAAAGAUAAAUAUCGUGGUUUACUACUACUACCACUACCGCCACCAUAGACACCACAUUGGACAGCAUUCGCUUUUGACGUAAAGAAUUGUGAUCAAUUACUAGAUUCAUAACAAAGAUUUACCGACGUUGGCCAAUCCCCCCAACCUGUUAGUACGAUCCCCAGCGUGUCCCCCUUCUUGGAGGGGUCAUUGAGGAACAAGGGAUUGCGGUUAUAGCUCAAUUUCUUUCCCAUGGCAGAAAAAAAGGCUUCCUAAUGUUCCUGUAGUUAUUAUCACUAUGGAUAUGUCAGAAGGUUUGUGCUUACAAGAAAAAAUGUGUUUUUCUACGAAUUACUUGGCUGUGACGAGUGCAAGCGUAGCAAGUAAAGAAGAAUAUUGUACUGCCCUUUGCCAUAACAAGAGCAAUGACAAAAUUGCUGUUUCAUUAUCUGAUAAUUCAGUGGCUGUACUUACUAUGGAUACACUUCAGAAUGUUAGUGAAAUUGAAAAACAAGCAAAAUCUUUAACUGGAAUUAAGUAUUCUCCGACAGACAAUAAUCUCUUGUGGACAAGUAGCUUAGAUGGUACUCUAAAAAUAUGGGACAUCAGAACAGGUCAAUGUGAAAAAAUCCUUGAAACUAUCAGUGAAGAUGAGAGAUCUUGUGCUAAGCCGCUAACAUCAUUUGAUGUGUCAUUGAACGAAAGAAUAGCUUGUGCUGGCACAGAACUCAUAGAGAGUGAAGUAUUUUUGUUAUUCUGGGAUAUUAGAAACUCCAAGUCUUUAGGUGGGUAUUCUCAAAGUCAUAGUGAUGACAUUACUCAAGUCAAAUUUCAUCCAGUGACCCCAGAUUCCUUGGCCUCAUCAUCAACAGAUGGCCUGAUAAAUGUGUUUGAUGUGUCCCAGAAGGAAGAAGAUGAUGCACUGAUGUAUAGCUUAAAUGCCAAUGUAACUGUUGAUAAAUUGACAUGGUUAAAAGGAAAUGGGAAAUAUGAAAGAAUAGGAGCAAUUACAGAUAUCCAUUCAUUACAGUUUUGGGACAUAAAAGAAGCUUCCCCGUUGCAUUCAUUCAGCAGGAAUGAUGUUACAGAAUCCAUGAAAUGUAAAUCGUCUGAAGAAUCAUACAUUGUAAGUAUACAUACACUUGAGGAGAGUGAUAAUCCUAUAAUUUUAGUUGGUUCAGGGAUGGAUGCAAGUGAUUGCCUUGGCACUUUGAAACUUCAUUUGUCAACAGGAUUGCUGCAACCCGAAGCCUCUCUUCAAAGUAAGCAAGAGCAACGUUUAACGAGGGCUGCUUUAUAUGAUGGGAAAACAAACACUUUUAUUACAGCUGGGGAAUGUGGUGUAGUCCGUCUUUGGAAGCCUGAUGACAGUAGUGUGACAAGAAAAGAAAUGGUUAAAAGUGCUAAGUCUUAUAGGAAAAAACCAUAUUAAUGUCAGUUUAGGUUUUCAUUGAUUUUUCUUACAUGUAGAUGUAAGGAAAAUGUUGUGUUGCCUCACAGACAAAGUAAUCUGUUCAAAGAGCAUAGUAUUAUCUAAGGAGUAUUGGAAUGAUUAGUGAUGUUUUUGUAGUGUUACUGAAGAAGAGGCAGUUAUUUCUUUGUUAUUGAAAAAAUAAAAAAUAAAAUGGGUCAGGAAUGGUGAGUCCACUGUAAUUCUCACAUUUUCCACCAUUUACAUUUAAUAUAAAACGAAAGCUUCUGAUGUUCCACCUCUGAGGUGUAAGACAAUCAUCAUUACUUUUGAAGAUGUUUACAAUAAAAUUCAUUUUCAUACAAUUAGAUGUGAUUUGGGGGAAAGUGAACUUGAAAGAAAAUGACAACAAUAGAAAAUAAGUUUUUAAAUUACCUUAAAAGGUAUUGCAAAUUGUAGGUAAAAACCUUAGUAAAAUAAAUUUAUCACUAAAUUAAUUUUGCUAUUAGAAUGUAUUUUACAUAUUAAAAGUUGGCUGAAAAUAAAAACUUGUACAAGGAAUAGCCUUCCUUACAUAUUAA